CUUCUUCCUUCUUUCAUAGUUACACUCAAGGUCCCCCCAAAGCUUCUUCACUUACUCCAAUGGCAGACUCGUCCGAUGUUCCACCGAAACAAACAACAGAUAACCAAAUAGGUAAGUACUACUACAAACACUUCAUGUUCAAACCUAUAGUUGUAGUAGUUUUCCUCGUUUUUCUCCAUCUUUUCCCCUCACAAGCUCCAGAGUUCCUCAACCAAACUCUGGGCAUCAAAAUCUGGGAAAUCCUCCAGCUCAUCUGCGUCGGCAUAGCCGUUUCUUACGGCCUGUUUAGCUGCAAAACUGAUGAAACAGCUAAAGAAAACGAUGGGUCAUCAGCAACAAAGACCGCGCUUGACAAUGCCCAAUCCUAUGUCUCUGGACUGCUUCAGGUUUCUUCUGUUUUUGAUGAUGAUGAAGAGGAAGAAUCUGAGGGGCCUUCUGUCGUUUUUGAUGAAAAAAUUGACAGAAGCAAUAAGAUAAUUGAUCAGACUUGGAGAAAUCAGUAUCAUAGAGGUCAACCAAGGGUAGUAAUGGCGGUGAACGAUAAAACUUCAAGAAUCGGUGAAAAGCCGCUUCUUUUGCCUGUUAGGAGCUUGAAAUCAAGAGUUGAAGUAGAAGAAGAAGAGACUCUGCAGGAAACAAAUGAUGGGGAAAAAAUGAAGAGCCGGACUUUGCCAUGGAGGUCAAGAUCUGCGGGAAGAACAAUGGAGGACCCAGAAUUUAAUAAGCAGCCAGAACAGACAAAAUCUUUUAGGUCCCAAUCAUUGACAAGACCAUCCUCUCCUUCUCCAAAUAAGCUUAAACCUUCUCCUCCCCCCUCUACUGAUGAGGAGAUAGCGAGAAAGAAGAAGAUUCCCCCUCCUCCUCCCCCUCCUAAGUCUUCAUCCAUGAAAUCCAGCUCAACUGAGAACAAGAACGAGGAACCUCCAAGAAGAUCAUAUUCAGGGAGGAAAACCCAAGAAAUUUAUGUUAAUGAUGAAGAAAAUGCAGAAGAAGAAGAGCAAGAAGGUGUUGUUUCUUCAAGAAUUGAAGAGGAUGGUCAUGGGGUAGUUGGAAGAGAUGAUCAUGGUGUUGGAAAGAAUUGCGGUGAUGAUAAUAACAAUAGUGAUACUGAUAACAGUGGGGAUGAAGAAGCACCAGAUGUUGAUAAGAAAGCUGAUGAGUUUAUAGCUAGAUUUAGAGAGCAGAUCAGGCUGCAGAGGAUUGACUCUAUUAGGCGAUCUACUUCGGCCGGCCAUGGCGAGUCUGCUAACAAAACCACAUUGUAAAGGGGGGAUGAUUUCAUCAUAUCUGUUUUUAUAUAUCAUUAUUUUGAAUUCCUUUAUCAUUCCAGUUAAUUGUCAUGCUUUAAGAUUAUAGGGACUACUCUACUGCUGUAUGGGGGCUUAUGGUAUACCAACUAAUGUCUUAAGUCUGAUCGUGUGUAUUAUCUACUACAUACAUUAAACUGAUCUGC